UCACACUYCUUGAAUAAAUUAUGGUCUAAAUUCACCUCUAAGGAUUUGAACUMAACAUUUUAAUAAGAUUGACUUAAAGAUGGUACUACACUUAUGGGGUAGCUAAAAUGUAGGCUACAGAUUUUGGUAUCGUUUUUAUAAAGAAUGAGGAACCGAACACGGUUCUUUAAACGUCGAGCUGUUUUGGCGGUGUGUUUUGUUGGUCUUUACGUCUUUCUAGCAUCGAAGUUUGGUGGCACUCGGGAAACACUGGUAGAUCAAGARCAUCAAAACCAAAAUGAAGAAACAACAUCAACAUCUCGUCGUCUUUUGGCUCACAGGACGCGCAAACUCAACUGCACUCCCCCGGCCAUUCUCGAAUUUCCUGAUGACUUUUUCACCCAGAAACAAAGGCAACACGGGGGAGUUAUCCUGAACUUUCUCGUUUCAUUUUACAUGUUUUGGGCCAUUGCGAUUGUUUGYGAUGAUUAUUUUGUGCCUUCUUUGGAAAUCAUAUGUGAUCGUUUAGGUUUGCAAACUGAUGUUGCUGGAGCAACCUUUAUGGCUUUGGGAAGCUCUGCGCCUGAAUUAUUUGCAUCGGUUAUUGGUGUGUUCAUAACGAAGGGAGAUAUCGGCGUCGGCACUAUCCUUGGGUCAGCUGUAUUUAACGUCUUGUUUGUGAUUGGUGUAUGCGGUAUUGCUGCUGGGACGGUUCUUUACUUAGCAUGGUGGCCGAUUGUUCGUGAUAGUUUCUUUUACUUGCUUAGUUUAGUGGCUCUCAUGUUGGUUCUUAUGGAUAACGUAGUUGUAUGGUCCGAGGCAACUGCUAUGGUGUCUUUCUACUCAGUAUAUCUUCUAAUAAUGUACUUUAAUCCAAAAAUCGAAGCGUACUUGUAUAAAAUCACCAAGACUACUACCCCUGAGUACAAAUCUGAUCUCCAYGAACAAAAGUUAAAAAACGAAAGCAAAUCGGAUGGCUCGUAUGAACCCUUAAACGAGAAACAAGAUGAACAGAAAGUGGACUCGGAUCAUGAAAAUACUGAAGAAAAAAAGGAUCCUCUUUUGGACAGCGGAGAACAUCUCGCUCAUCAUCAUGAAUACGAAAAAAACGUUCCCCACGAGGUUCCUGACCUCACCUUAGGCUCGCCUUUCUCCCCUCCAGAAGGGGCGUGGCCGCGCAUGUGCUGGUUYCUUGGUCUACCUAUAAACAUAGCCUACUAUUUUACAAUUCCUAACGUUACAAGGAAAGAGUGUGAGAAAUGGGCGGUGGUGUCGUUUAUAUCGUGUAUUGGGUGGAUUGGUUUAACGUCGUACAUGUUAGUAUGGAUGGUGACUGUWAUUGGAUACACUUUUCUUAUUCCUGAUUCGGUGAUGGGUUUAUCUCUUGUCGCUUUUGGGAGUAGUGUUCCUGAUUGUUUAUCGAGUUUAUUUGUAGCACGUAAAGGUGAUGGCGAUAUGGCAGUGUCACAUACAGUUGGCAGCAAUGUGUUUGAUAUUCUACUUUGCCUUGGGAUACCAUGGCUUAUUAAGACGACUGUUUGGGAGUACGACUCAUCGGUUGUCAUUAACAGUCACGGGUUGUUUAUAUCUUGUUUCUUUAUUCUCGGUUCCAUCGCCGUGACAUUAAUUAUUAUUUAUCAUUACAAUUGGACACUAAACAAGAAAGUUGGUUGGAUCUACAUGUUCUUUUAUUUUGUGUUUAUGAUUAUUUCUGUUGUCGUUGAGAUGAACGCUUUUGGGAACUUCAAUCCGCCGAUGUGUAUUGUGGACGUUUAGGCAUUUGUACAUAUAAUCAGCUGUCAAUCAUUCCUGGUACGCGUGGUCUGGCCCCUUUAAGUGGUGCAUAAUAUGUAAAUGAGCUGUCAAUCAAUCAUGGCGUCGUAAUCUGACCCUGAAAGGAGCGAAUUAUUUUGAGACCAACGCAAGCUAUCAUCUCGAAGCCUUUGUUUACGGGAGUGAGGGUUAGAGCUCAGUGUGGUGUUAAUCUUGUCUAUAAUAGAAGAUCACUGCUGGAGAAAACUGUGAAACUAUUGUAAUAAUGGUUGGAUGAUCCAAUUUUUAUAAUUGAUUAGUUAUUGCUUAUGGCUUAUCACAUUGCAUAUUUAGCUGUUUUAAAUUGAAAAGGUGCUGAAUAAAGGAUGUUGUUGUUUAA